AUGCCCUCCGUAUCUGCGGGCCACGCGCUCGACCUCGACAAAUUCCUGAAAUCUCUCAAGGGACAACAGUUGGAAGCUUCCAUCAACAGCUUGAUAUCUCUUCUGAAGCGAAGACAGAUUAGAGGAUCCGAGCCUUGCGCCAUCGCUACCGCCCACAUCCUGCUCCAAGUCGUUGCGCGCUCAAAAUGGCACGACGUCGACAGCCUCUUGAUCAACGUCUCAAGAACCGGCCGUAGACUGGUCGACGCCCAGCCCAACGAGCUUGUCAUUGGCAACAUUGUGCGCCGAGUUUUGGGCCUGAUCCGAGACGAGGCGUCUGAAGAUCGAGGCGAUGCAGGCGAUGAAUCGGCCAGCGAAGCACCCACUCCAACUGACAUUGUCCCGCCCACCUCCAUCAGCCAGCAGUGGUCGUCAAAACGGUUCGACUCAGUCGAUAGUUCAACCAGUGCCUCACGCCCUCCACUCGUCUCCUCCUAUAGCUCCAUCAAUCCGCCCAAAUCACUGUUUCACCUGCUGUCGACCUCGCCUCCCACUGACGGAAAUGUGUCGCCUUUCAAGACUUCAGGCGCUUCGACCCCUACCUGGCGGGGGAACGCGAGCCAGAUCCAUGCGCUGCGCUCUGAAGUGAUUGACGGUAUCGAGGAGAUCAAGGACGAAAUCAGCCAGGUGGAUGACCAGAUUGCCGCCUCUGCUGAAGUGCAGAUCCAUCCUGGAGACUUGAUACUGGUCCACCAGCCAUCCCCAACAACUGAACGAUUUAUUCUUCGCGCCGCCCAAAAGCGCAAGUUUACCGUCCUCCUCGCCAUGGCGCCGCCGAGAAGACAACACUCGCCCGAGAACCAGCAUGCCACAUUUAGAAAGAAGCUGUCGGCAGCCGGCGUCACGGUGGUGAAUGUGAUGAAUGGCGGACUAAUGGCUUACAUGUCAAGAGUCAACAAGGUCAUUAUUGGUGCAAGAGCAGUUGUUGCCACGGGUGGUGUUGUAGCCGAUGCUGGCUCUGCUGCUAUUGCACGAGCCGCCAAGGAGCAGGGCGCUGCUGUUGUCGUGCUCAACGGCAUCUACAAGCUGAGCCCGGAGAGCCCCUUUGACGAGAGUUCGCUGAUUGAAUGGGGCGACUCGUCGACGUUUGUGAGCUUCUCGGACGGUCCUCUGGUGAGUGGCGCGGAGAUUCGAACCGCACUCACGGAGCUGAUUCCGCCGGAGCUUAUCGACACUUAUAUCACAAACCUGGGCACACAUUCACGCGACCAUCUGUCGAGCCUUAUCGCAGACCAUUACAAGCGAGAGGACGCCGACUUUCACAUCUGGGAAGAGGCUCUCCCGUGA